UUAGAUCAGCGUAGUACUGAAAAACGGGACGCCCCACACGGGACAAAUCAAUUACGCCCCAAAAUACGGGACGUCCCGGUUAACACGGGACUGCUGGCAACACUUCUGGUUCAAAGCAAAACGUUGUCAAGAAGACGGGGGUUGGAAGCUUCUAAACAAACGCUAAGAUGGACUUCGCCUUUUAUGACCAGGACUCCUAUAUCUAAAGAGCUAUAUGAUGUGAUCUCACCAUCAUCCUAUAGAUAUAUUCUCAACCAACCGGAUAUAUGCGAAAAGAAGAGACCUUACCUGAUACUUAUUAUCCCAGUGACUCUUAAAGAUACAGAGGCAAGGACUGCCAUUAGAAACACAUGGGGUCAUGAGAGCUUGAUGUCACGUGUAAAUAUUUUGAAGUUAUUUGUCAUCGGCCAGCCCGCACAAAGCAACCCAAUACUUCAGCAGCAUCUGGAAAAGGAGAGCCACGAAUAUGGUGACAUAGUUCAAAUGGAUUUUGUGGACACCUACCAGAAUCUCACAAUCAAGACAAUGAUGAUCAUGAAUUGGAUAGCCACAUACUGCCAAUCUGCCCGGUAUGGCAUGAAAAUCGAUGCAGAUAGUUUUCUCAACGUGCCUCACCUUGUAAACUACCUGCAUGCUCAAGAAGAGUCCUCAGGAGAAGACUACAUCACAGGAUCAGUCAUCAGGGAUGGGCAUCCUAAAAGGGACAGGCACAACAAAUGGUUCCUGUCAGUGGAUCUUUACCCAGAAACUUCAUUUCCUCCUUAUGUGUCAGGAGCUGCAUAUGUAUUUUCUACUGACCUGGCCCAAAAAAUAUCAUUCGCUUCUAGGUUUGUGCGGCCGAUUCCACUUGAAGAUGUCUAUGUGGGGUUAUGCCUACGGGUACUAGGAGUAAAUCCAGUCUAUUCAACACGCUUUCUUAGACUCAGGAAUCUUUUUGAAGUGCGUAAACUGAAGUACCAAAGAUGUACUUUUGCCAAGCGCAUUACAGUGAAUGGCUUUAAACCACAACAGCUACUUUACAUUUGGCAUGACUUUCAGAAAUCUCAUUUUACAUGUUAAUGCCGAUUGCAGGCAGUUGGAUGCAGCUCUAUUUAUUUAAACUUUAAUAAAUUAACAUUGUAUAAGAAGUGCCUGGGCCAUUUAUACUUGGCUGUUUUAUUUGCAUCUGUUUUUAUUAUGAUUCUUUUGAAUCUUUUUGUCAAGGGAAUUUGGCACUGAGGUGUACAGCAUAUAGGCUACAGCAAAUAUAAGAUAAAAAUAAUAAAAUAGAUAAAAAACUGAAAUAAUAAAUAAAAAGUGUCAGUAUGAAACAUUUCACAACAACACUGUGAAAAUUGUAUGUACUGUAGCACCUUGACAAAUAGAAAUGAGCAGUAUGAAAGGUUGUGGUGGGUCAGGGCAGAGUAGUUCUUUUCAUGUCAAAAAUGCUGUGUAAACAGUUUGCAAGUAUACAAAGCCUUGUGUGCAGUGCAUACCAUAGGGGUGAGCGGGACACAGACCAACAGCAGGUUAUUUGUAACAUGGCAACUACAUAUUUAUACAGGGCCGAGCAAUCUGUGCUUUUGGUCUUUUUCUCUUAAUGUCAGAAGAUGAUCUCCUGUGAAUUUAUGAAAAGUUUUGAUGUGUUUUCAUUAAGAUAUUGAAAAAAAAGAGUGUUUUGGAGGCAUGGAAGUAGAUUACUUUAUCUUAUGUCACCAAAUACAACCUAUUUAACCGCUGUCUUGUUACCUGAAACAUAACACCAUUUUGAAACAUGUCAGCAACUAGUUACUGAUAGCUGGGAUUGAAAACAUUUUUACACAGCGGGGUUAGUUGUCACACAGUGUUACAAUUAAGCAUCAGGUAUACAAUGAUAAUAAAAUGAAAACAAUGUAAAUACUAUUCAUCAAAAUGAUAACUGUUAAUACAAUAUCAGGGGAAAUAACUGAUAAUUAUAAUUUUUUUGUCUUAAUUUCGCAGCCCUUUAAAAAAAAUCUAUUUAUAU